GUUCCAGAUAAAGGCUACAAGCGCUUAGCACUGGGUCAGCCAGUGGGUUUGAGGCACUCUGGCUAUGUCAUUGCUGUUCAGAAUAUCAUUAAGGACACCAGUGGACAUGUAAAAGAGCUAGAAGUGACUUGCACGAAGUCAGAGGCAGCAGAGAAGCCCAAGGCCUUUAUCCACUGGGUAUCGGAUCCUCUUGUGUGUGAAGUCCGCCAGUAUGAGCAGCUGUUCCUGCAUAAGAAUCCUGAAGACUCCACAGAAGUGCCAGGAGGGUUCCUGAGUGAUAUCAGUCCUGACUCCCUUCAUGUGAUUGAAGAGGCUCUGGUGGAUCGAUCUGUAUAUGGAGCCAAGCCAUUCACCAAAUUCCAAUUUGAGCGGCUGGGGUACUUUUCAGUAGAUCCUGACAGCACAAAUGCAAAGCUGGUGUUCAAUCGGACAGUGACCUUAAAGGAGGAUCCAGGGAAAGCAUGAUGAUGUGUCCCUAAUAAUUUCUCAACACAGACAAAAUUGCUCGGAGGUUAUUUCUUCCUCUUUCUCUGGAGGGGGAAGAGGGCAUACAGCCCAAGCACAGUUUUCUACUGUAAUGCUACUGUUGCCUUAAUACACAUCCUGAAUACACAAUGGAGCACAUCGAUAAUCAUCAUAAU